AUGGCGACUCCGUUCGGUUCUCCCCGUGUCCCCUCGACUGUCGGUUCUUCACUAGUGACGCCAGUUGCUCGGGAUGUCGUGGAGCCCGAUGAUAGUGCCCACGACGAUCAGAGAGCUCAGCACCAUGCGCCGCCUUUGCCAUGCUCUGCUGCUGCUGCUUUCGCAACGCCUGGCACGAUGCCCGCCGGCAUGCUGCCUGCUUCUGCCACCGCUCGUGCUUUGCCUUUGUUGCCUGCCUUUUCUGCGUCCGCUGCUCCUGCUGCUUCCGCACCUACCCUUCUUCCGACCGAUCUUUCAGCUUGUCCUCUGUCCCUUCGCGGGGAUCCAGAGGGCGCUCGGGCCCUCUAUGGGUCCGGGCCGGACGGCCGUGGUCCACCGAUUUCGGACCCGGCGUCCUUCCGCCCACCGCGCCCCGAUUCCUACGGGCCGGUGGCUGGCCGCGGUGGAGCCUCGCUCCCCGACGAGCCCAUGAGCGAGCAUCCGGGUGCACCCCAUGAUUCCGUCGCAACGAUUACCGCGGCGGGUCAUGGUGGUGCCGCCCCCGCCAUCGAUAACGGCGGGUGGCAUACCGGACCCUGUGCUGUCAGGGCCCUGGUCGAUGAAGCCAUUGGGUCAGAAGCAUCCGCGCGCAUCGCCACCGAUAUUCUGGCGAUCGCGCAGGGUGUGACCAACACCCAAGCCGACCUCGAUAUACUGAGGAACGGCGUCUCGGACAUCACCGAAGCGCUCGAGAGCAAGAUCCGAGACAUGUGGGAGCUUCUUCAGGCCGAGUUGAGGAAAGAGCGUGAGCUGUUCAUGCAGUUCCAGGACUCUUUCCGCGAGAGGCGGAUUUCUGAUCACGAAACGCUUGAAGAUCAUUUUGCGAAGCUCACUUCGACGAUCAACGAUCGACUCAUUGAGUUCGAUGAGCGGAUCCAUCAAUUCAACGAAAAGCGUGCUGGGUCGCUAUCCAUGCAGCUUGCCGAAACGAUCCGCCACAUCAAGCAGUACCCAGACGCGCUGCGGCAGAUUCAGAUCAAUAUCUCUAAUGCCGAAGCGCGCGUUGCUGCGGUGGAGCAGAACGCUACCCACCGCAUCGAAGUCAUCAGAUCCGAGAUGAGUCGCGCUCUCUACGAUCAUAAGGAAAGUAACCGAGCUCAUAUCGAUCAGCUGACUGCUCGGAUCCAGCACCUCGAAAACGCUCAUGUCCGCAGAGGCGGUUCUGAUAGAUCAACGCCUUCGCGUCCGGAACGGACGCAGUUCUUCGAUAUCAGUGACCAUGGUGGGGAUAUUCCACGCCCCGCGGACCUGCCGCCAGUUCCAGGUGCUCUAUUCCCUGGCGGACCGACUACAGCCAUUCCGAGGUCUUCCCUGUUGGGUCCGAUCGAUCACGGCGAGCGCAGCAACGAGUCGCUGACGAACAACCUGCCGAAGGCCGUUCCUUCCGCAAAUGCCGCCGGAGCGACUUCCGGUCAAGCCCGACCUUCCCAUGCCAAAUCUCCUAUGAUACUCGAACCGUCCCGGCAGGGAAGGGACCAUCACGAUGGUAUGAUGCGAUGCUUGGCCGAUCAAAUCUCAUUGGCAACAGUGCUGGCGCACCAAUUCUCCAUAGUGAGACCGGUACUUUUACCCUUGCGCCGAACACGAGCGUUACUGCGACGCUUCAGCAUGCUGCAGCCAACGAUGCCAUGCCCCCGAUGCCUACCUUCAGUGCCAGAACGUCCGUUCCUGCACCCAGUGCCGCGCCAUCCGGAUUUGGCGGACCGCCGCCCGCGCGUAACGGAGACGGCGGUUGUUCCGGUGGUGAUGGCCCCAACGAUAACGGGGGUGCAUAUGGCGGUGGCUUCGGAGGACAUUGACACCACGGGUCCGGUUUUGGCCCCGGUGGCGGUGGUGGCCCACCCGACGGCCCACCUGGUGGUCCGCCUGUUGGUGGUGGCCCUCCUGACGGGAGUGGUCCGCCCGAUGGCGGCCUUGAUCCGCCUAGCAUCAGGCCCUCCGGUCGGCCGAGUGGGAACGAUACGUUCCAGUGCGAGCGCUGCACCGGAACUUUCCCGACCACCGUGCGACGGUCGUGCAUAUCUUGCCACUGGGAAUCCACCUGGUCCCAACGAUCCGGGAUUCGGUGGACCCAAGGGCGAUGGAUCGCUGAGCGAGGCCAAGAAGACAAAGUGCAAGUCCUUUCGUCUCGAUCCCGAGCCGGAGCCUGCUCAGCUGCGACGCUGGAUCGUCGAUAUGAAAGAGCGAGUCGCGAACGCAUUCGCCUACGAUCCCGGAUACGCACUCUCAUGGGUUGAGAUUCCCGAUGGUACACGAUAUGAGGAUCUCCUCGAUGAGUGCAAGUACGGAAUGCUUGAAAACGAAUGCAACUCUGCGCAGAUCUUGUGGCUAUUGUAUGAUUUCCUUCGACCACAUGUCACCGGCGAUUCGACUUUCAAGCUCGUUGACCUGAUGAAGACCACAAUUGAUCGGUUUACUCAUGGAUCCGAGCAGGAAAGGCUGGAAGCCUUCUCCAAUCGGUGGGAUCAUGUUCUCGCUGGUAUCUCAGUCGAUCGCCCCGAAGAUCCUGUUCUCUGCGCCCUCUUUUACGAGCAGGUGCGUGAGUUCCGCUGUCUCGAGCUGGAAACAUCCAGCUAUGGGACAGGGACGUAUCCGUACGGAACUACGCAUACUUGCGAACCGUCUGCGUCAAUGCGAUUACAACUUGGCGCCGACGACGCAAUCAGGAAAAGAUGUACACCGCUACAAGGUCUACUUCUGCGCAGAGACGAUACGCUGCACCUGCGCAUGGCAGCCCGCGCAGGUCUUCAUCCCGAGGUCAAAGAGGGUCAAGAUCGCCUGGGCGUCGUGACUCCAGGAGAGGGAGUCCGUACCGAAGGAGCUCGCCGAGGCGCUCGUCACCCAGACGAUCCUCCCCGCGACGCGGAUCGCCAAGGCGAUAUUCCCGCAGUCCGGGACGAGCAGCUCCCGCACCGACUCGCCCGAUGUCGCGAUCCCCGCGAGGACGGGAAAUCUGCUACGAUUUCAAGAAAGGCAGAUGCACGCGAGGAAGCGGCAAUGACAGCAUCCUCCUUUGGAGACUUUGCGUUCGCUUGUGCAGCAUCAUUCGAUAUGGCAUGUCCGUCAGUCAAGCGGAAGACAGUGUCAUUUGGGAACACUGAGACCCGCGUGAUAGAGUCUUCUUUCCCGGAGCCGGCCUUCGGCCCCGUCAAUCGCGAGAGGAAUUUGAGCUAUUCGUGGCCGGAAAAUAUCCGUGGUCUGAAUAGCGCUCGCGAGAGGCGAAGAGCCCAUAUGAAAGCUGUGCUGUGGCGAGAGCAGGUUUUGCUCGAUGACAUUGAUGCCAAAACGUUAGGAAAUGAUGCUUGUGUUCUUGAGCUCACGCUUUCUCAGCGGAGCGCUUGCGAAGUCUUUGCUGCUGCUGUCAAGUCUAUUAAGAGGGUACGGAGACUCAUGCUUGACUCCGGUUGCGGUAUAGACCUUAUUGGUCUCGGUGAUUUAUCCCGUGAGGAAAGGGAUCUGAUCGUCCAGAAUGCUAAGAUCAGUCUUCGGACAGCUAACGGGAAGACCAACACCAAGGGUGUCGCGCAUAUGCGCAUCGAUGGUCUUGAUGAACUGAUUGAAGCUUAUGUGUUGGAAAGCACGCCAAGUCUCCUUUCCCUUGGGAAACGAUGUAAGGAGCUUGGUUAUCGAUUCAUUUGGGAGCCCUUUUGCGAUCCGAUAUUCUUUGAUCCGAAAGGGAAACGCCUCAAGGUCGACGUGAUCAAUAAUAUUCCCUACCUUGCUCCAAGUGAGACAGAGGUAGUGGCCGGCAGACCUGAUCUCCCUCGUGUGUAUCCGGCCCUCCCAGCACCGAUUAUCGUCCACGAAAAGGUCGUUGCAGCUGGUGAGGAGCCUGGCAGCGAAUUAAACGCUGUCGGAGAACUUGAUCUCGAUAUGCCCAACGCCAAGAGCGUUCAGAAGAGUGCACCUGACGAUAACAAGAAGGUUCCCGACAAGGGUAAGCCUCAGUCGCCGCCUGAUGUCUUUGGCGAUCUUCGAGACGUGAACUCGUGCUCCAUUGAUGUGGAGAGGAGGUAUGCACCUUCUGCGAUUCGGGAGAUCUAUUGUGAUAAAGCCCGUGAGUUCAUAUCGACCUGCAAGAAAGUCGGCAUAUCUGUGAAGCACUCCACCCCGGGAAUGCCUCGAACUAAUGCCAUUGCCGAGAGCAAGGUGAAGCUUGUCCUUCAUGGCGCACGUGUGGCGCUACGACAAGCGGGAUUGAGCGCCAAAUUCUGGCCUUACGCAUGCAAGCACUUCUGCCAUGCUCGUAACAUCGAAUUGCGCGAGGGUCAGAGUGCCUAUGCGAUGCGAUUUGAUGGUGUUGAGUUUGACGGUCAGAUUCUGCCGUUUGGUUGCCUUGUUGACUUCCAUCCUACGCCGGCACGAAAACAGACCCGGCGGAGUCAGAGAGAUGAAGUUGUCCUCGGCGAUGGUGAGGAGUACGCCGUACCUGGCGCCGAAGUUGAUCAACGCUUGUCGUCUUACCAACGCCCCAGUAAGUUCUCCCCUACGAGUAAGCCUGGUAUUUUUCUGGGUUGUCAUUUUGAGAACGGGGGCAAGUGGGACGGUGACUACAUUGUCGCCGAUUUGGAAGAUUUCAAACGCGAUGCGUUGCGUGCGAGCGUCCACCAGGUCAAGAAGAUAUAUUGCUCACCCAAGGAGCGAUGGACGUUCCCGAUGCUCGCCGUGUACGACAAGCAGACUCGAUCAAUGUGCAUCAACGAUCCCGCGAUGCAGUCUUGUGCGCCUCAAUCUAGUGAGCGCCUUGACGCCUCUGAUAUGCUCGAACUCGAAGAUAUCGAUGAAAUGUUUGCCCUCGACGAGCCGACCCGAAUGACCGAAGAAGAUGUUCGGCGGGCUCGUGAAGCCGAGUUACGAGCCGAAUCUUCUCAUGGAGGAGGUGUCGACUACUGGGAAUAUGAUCCAUCGAGUCAUAAGUGGACUUAUCACGUAGUCGUCCCGAGAAAGGCGAUGAUUCAUCCCAGUAAGACUCCCGGAUCUCUUGGCGAGUCGCCUGAUCCGUGGAAGCUGAGCACAGUGCGUAUUUCGCAUGUUCAGUAUAAGGAUAAAAGUCCGGUUACGAUCUAUGAAACCGGCUAUGCCUUCGGUAAGACGAGACUGAUGCAACUCUGGACAGGCACUGUCGAAUUCUAUGAUGAUGGCUUUGCCCCAUCCAAGAAGAAGUUACCUCCUUACCAUGGGUCGGAGAUCCUGGAGGGCGAGGGGGGUUUGCCUUACCGUCAGAGUGUGCCGCGCUCCGAGCGUGUCUACCGAGGGUCUCGAAAACCGAACUCUAUCGACUCCGAAACCUGGCGCAGCAUGAAUCGCGCCGAACGGGAGGGAUAUGUCGAGGCUGAGCGCCGAGAAGCUGAGUCUCACGCCAUGUCCCGAGAGGAUUCUCGCGAUGCCGCUCCUGUCGACAUCGCUUUCGAUUCCGAAUAUGAGUCGGGUGCUGAACGGCAUGAUAAGGAUUAUUGGUAUCACGAUGUCGCAGCUGGCACGGUCACCCGAUUUCAUGUGAUCGAGCGCCGAGCGCGCUUUAAUCCCACCUCAGUGAAGGACUGUCCUGUCGAUCCUGCGACCUUGACAGAUGUCAGGAUGACUAUGGCCAUGACCGAUGGCACAGAAUUUACGUUGCAGGACUCAUGGAGAUCAUCCGAUGUGCGAUCUCUGCCAUGUCGAUGGACAGGAAAGACCGUUUUCGUUAUCGGUUCUUCUGCCAAAACACAGAUCAAGGUUCGAACCAGUCUGCCGAAUAACGACGGAACAGAGCGCCGAGUGCAAACGGCGAACGGCUAUUAUGGCCACGCCUUACGUGCGAAGGGACAGGAUGUGGCAGUGGUUCAGUUUUAUACUUCCGUGCUAGCCGCAGUUGAACUUGAUUUCACGGAUGAGGAUACCGGGGAUGGUACUUCUGCACCGGAACCCAAGAAGGCAUUUCCCGAGCUCACUUUUGGCGAUCGUGACACUACUGUCGCUCAGGGCUCUGCCGGUCCUCGCGAAAUCCGAAUGAUCAAGUACGAUAUGCGAUCGUUCAUGGAGCCAUGUGUCUCUCGCUAUGUCGAGCUCUGUGGUCCGAAAUACAAAGCCACCUUGCGGUCGGCUGACACGCCGUUUCUCGAUGAGUCACGACCGGAGUUCGAUACUAAUCCGGAUCGUCCCGAGGUGAACCGUUUGUUGGGCCAUCCCACCGAUACGCCUAUACCUCCUGGUAAGGGCGUUCUCGGUGACUGCGCUGCCGCUGUCCUGAUGAAAAUCUUGUAUGGUGCUCGCAUGGGGCGAUACGAUCUCAUCCGUCCUGUGCAGGCACUUGCUAGUCUCAUCACCAAGUGGGAUGGUUUGUGUGACAAGAAGCUCCAUCGUUUGGUGUGUUAUAUCAAUUCCACCCUCGAUCUCAAUUUAUAUGGUUGGAUUGGUGAUGCGCCCGAGAUGUUAGAGCUUGUGCUCUAUUGCGAUGCUGAUCUUGCGGGCGACCGCACUGAUUCCAAGAGCACGUCUGGUGUCUUCAUGUGUCUUCUUGGCCCGCGUAGCUUUAUGCCUCUUAAUGCGCUGUCCAAGAAGCAGACUUCUGUGUCAAAGUCUACUCCCGAAGCCGAAAUUGUCUCCCUUGAUCACGCCGUCUAUAAACUGGGAUUGCCCGCUCUCUCCAUGUGGGAGUAUAUGUUGGGCCGUCGCUUCCGUUUGCGUGUCAUGGAAGACAAUGAAGCUGCCAUCCGAGUCAUUAUCACUGGUCACAAUCCUAAUAUGCGUCAUAUGUCUCGUACCCAGCGUAUCGAUAUUUCUGCGUUGAAUGAACGCUACCACGCUGGUGACUUUCUGUUUGUGACGUGUCCCUCUCAGUUUGAGGCUGGUGAUAUCCUGACCAAGGAUGACGCCAACAUGGGCGUCGAUGAAGCCCCAGUCCCGAUUCAGACCCCGAGAGAUGAGUCUACUGGGGGUGGGAAGCGCUCCGAGGACGUUCCGAUAGGAUUGAGGAUGAAAGCAAUGAUGCUGAAAAUCGGGGUCCAAGAGAUCCCACAGGCCUCAAUCUGGCAGCGCCUCGAACAGCUGGCAUGCAACUCUGGUUUCGACCUAAAGCUGCAUCAGCUAGUUGACUCCUUCCUCCUCUCUAAUCAUCCGCUUGCGGAUAAGCAGAGGAAGCAGUAUCCCCGAGAGUUUAUGGACUUCAUCGAUCGAUACAGGGUGAUGUGCGCUCUUGCAUUUUCCCGAGUGGCAACGUUGUCCGGUGAUGCCGCAGGGGUCCGCGAGAAAAUGGACCUUACGAUGGCAUUGGCUCGCCACUGUAUGCACUUCCAAGCGCAAACCUUUAAGGGGUCUCGAGAGACACUGAGCAACGAUACGCUCCGCCUCAUGGGAACCUGUUACAUUCCGUCGCCUCUUGCGAGUUGGAAUCGAAAUCUCAUGGGAUACAGCAGUUCGUCUGCGGAACAGCGAUGGUUGAGGACCGAUACGAGUAUCAAGCACAACGACCUCACCAAGCUGUCGCCCAUUGAGUUGUCAAGGGAUGUGGUCAACCCGGCUGAAGCCGCGAGGUUCUUCAAGGGAUUUCUGCAGCUCAGGCCGACACUUUCUUUCAUCCCUGGGGCGUUUCUGGCAAUCAAGGCCCUUAACCGAUUUCCCACGCUGAAUUCUCUGAAAGAGCAAGCGAGUCACCUCGAGAAUGAUCGCAAGGAACACGGCUACGAUCUACCUGCCGUGGAUGCGAACGGGAUUGGUGAAGUGGCCGCCUUUCGCAACGAAGACGACGAUGAGAAUAACCCGCUGAUGCGCGGGUGGGCCUCGUUCAUGAACACGAUGGCUGAGGCCUACCCCGGGCGAUGCGUCAGCAUCGAUGAUACGCUCAAUUGGGGAGCCAGCACCCAAAUGACCUACGAGGACGGUGCGUCACAGAUCACCAUCCGCCCGACUGACGGGUGGGUGUAUGUCCCAGCGAUGAAUUCGGACAUAUACGAUCCUCAGGAGACGUACCUCCACGGAACGAAUCUCCGAUACCUCUGGUCGAUUCUUGCUCACGGAGGCUUGUUCGGAGAGGAUUACGUGACGGAUGAUCAUGGAAGUCACGAACCCUGCGUCUGGGUGACUGGACACGCCCCCGAGGCUGCCGGUAGCUAUGCAUCUGGCACGUACCUCGGCGGAGGCUACUGGUUCCAGGUGAUGAUCUGCGUCUCCCGAACUAUGGUGAACAGCCACAGUCGCACGACAAAGAAGCUGGGGGGAUCCCAGAAACAGAUCCGCGUAGGAACUCGAUUUCUCGAGCUGUGCGGAAUCGCGUUCAGGCCCUUCCGCCUCUUGGAUGACCGCGAGCAAGGGGUUUCUACUUCCCCGAACUACGUCAUCCACGGACACCGAUUCCUCAGUGCCGAUGGGACGAAAGCCGUGGCCUGGCACCCGUGGAUGGAGGCGAGCCCGAUCGAUCCUCGCAUUCUGAAGCUGCUGGGAGACAGUGUCGCGCGCGACAAUGUUGAGUUUGCCGACCUAACGAUUCAGGGGGGCAACACUACCCAACAGGCUGCAUCUACCGAGACGGAGCAGCCUGUGGCGACCGCGGCCGAUGAUCAUGCUGCGGCGAGUGGUGGUGAGGCAACGGAACGAAUCACCGUCAACCCGGUAGUGCUUCGACGCAAUCACUGGAUGCCCGACUCGUACGGGACGAGUGAGCAAGCCACUGUCGGUGGAAGGUAUGCAUUGCUAUCCGAGCUCCAGUCCUCUAGCUACCGAAUCGAGCUGGCUCCUUUCUUUCAGUCGCGUGCACCCAUGCUGGGUGAGGAAGGCAGCCAAGGCUUGCCAAAGCCUACAAAGCUCGAGACAAUAGCCGGAGGACCCUCCAAAGAGUGGGAGGCAUGGUGCAGGCACUACCGAAAAGCAUACGGUGCUCUGCUCGGCAACUUCGGCUACACGUCCGCCAAGAAUAUCAAGGGUAUCGUAUACGAUGAAGAAAAUACGACGGAUAUCAUUGGCGCGCUUAUUUGGAGCCCAGCCGAUGCCCUUGUGGCUGUCUCGAUUCACGGGAUCAGAACGGUCACGACCAUGGCAUCCACGAUUGCAUUUGGAGGUGCUCCGCCAACGAUCAAGCCGGCAGUACCCAGCAAGCCGCAGAGAUUCGUUGUCAUGCACGAUGGCCUGCUAACCUUCAGAUCUGCCAAAUCCUGGCACGCUGGUGAGAUGAACACCCAUCUGAAGAACGCGCUGGCAAGCUUUGGAUUCCCUGAGUCCGAAGUUCGGGUACAGGCGUUUGAUGAGGGCGAAAAGCUCAAGGAGAUGGUAGACACUCUCGAGCUGAUGCAGAGUGACCCAUCUGUCCCGCCAUCGAACGUUCACAUCCUCAUCCUCUGGAAAGGAGACGAGUUGUGGAAGAUGGACCAAGGCUGGAAUAAGCUGACUGGUGACAUCGAUAUGGCACGAUCACAAUACGCCAAAGUGACCGCCCGGGACGCCCUUGAGAAGUAUAACACGAUCUACGGAUCGGUGUCCCUUUGCGGACCAGUGUCACCGAGCAUGGGUUUCCUUCCGACUCUCCCUGGCCCUCUCUUCGAGAAACACAGAGAGGAGAUGAGGUCGAUCUGGGACGAAAUCAGGAGGUCCAACUUCCUUUCCCUGUCGUUUGACGCUAUCCUGGAAGGACUACCGUACCUGAAAGGAUAUCACAUCAUGCAUGAGUCCAAAACGAUCGGGGUCCUAUGUACCCGUAUCUGCUCGAUGUUUACACUGGCGGCUCUCGCACGAUUUCCGUCUUACGCUACACGACGGGAGUAUCAGAUUGCCCACGAUAAGAUGUGGGCGCGCACUCCAGUUCCGGAAGAAAGGUCGACUGGCACGGUGAAGGCCAUUGUGCACUCCACAGUGCAGGACCUUAUCGAAGGGGCAGAUCGCGGCGCUGAUCAUCGAGCCGCAAAGACCGUUGACAUGAGUCAGCUUGGCUUCGAUGACGAAGAUGAAGAGGAGAUGGCUGACGAUGCAGGUCCGGCUGCUCCUGAGAAUCCGAUUAAACAGGAACAGACGUCUUUGGCUGAUCUGCCGGGUAUUCGUCAUCCGGACCCGAUUGAGCUGCCCGCUACUCCUGUGCAUGGCCAGGCAAUGCCGGUAUCGCCCGGCCUUGCUCCGGCUGCUGCGAACGAUGAAGAGUCUAGCGAUAGCUCCGAUGGCGACGGACAGCAAGGGGAUGGCGAUGCAGCGAUGCCUGCGGUCAAGAAAGAGGAAUCCGAUGAGGAGUUUAAUGAGCUUCUCGAAGGAAUGACUGAAGCAUUCGAGAACUUGCCUACUCCCCGGGAUGCAGAGCGAACAGUCGCCGCCAAUCGGGACGCUGCACGACCACCCGCCGUGCCGGCGAUCCCGCUAUCUGCGAUGAAGAAGCCGAAGCCGUUCAGUGGUGUGGAAGCCGCGGGACCUACUGCCGAGGGUCGCCAAGGCUAUGCGCACUUCGAGAGCCAAGUCAGUGAAGCUGAGGCUCGACGUGAACAGGCUGCUAAAAUGAAGGCGCAUAUCGCGGAAGUGGCGAAGGGCGCCACGGGAGUUGAGAAUGCCGAACACCUUCGAUCCAUUGCCGAUGGGCUAGCCAGGGUCAUGGACCCGAACAUAAACGAUGACAAUGUGUUCCAGGGUGCCAUGUAUCCUCCGGGUGACUAUGCGCUUGACGCUGUCACGAACCGGCUGGCCCAGGGCCGACGCCGAGUUGAGUCGAACAGCAAUCUCAUCAGGGAGAUGGCCAGCGACCGAUUUACGCCUGUGCUCAUCAACCGAGAUACUGGUGAGACUGUGUCCGCCAUUGAUGCACGGUGGACCCCGGAGUAUGGAAACAGGGGGGAGCUCGAGGCCAAGGUUGGUGCGAUUAUCUCCAACCUGGAUGCAGUUGUCGCAAGCAUGUCGACCCUUCCUGUGUUCCAUCCGCACAUUCCCUCAACAUAUGGUAUGGCCCGAUCGCUUCUCAACACAUACCAGUCAUUGCAGAUUGCCAUCCGACACCGCGGCAUGGGUGCGAUGUCCUUUGAACAGAUGGUGUUCAAGCCGGAGGACCUUGAGGUUCCGACUCCCGAUGACUGGCCGGACCUCAUUGCGCCUACCCCUGGAAAAGUCAUUCAAUCCAUGCGGGUGGCCCUGGUGAACAACGCGGCGGCAAGGUUGACGAGAGAGGACCUCAAGCUGCCACCGGGCUUCGCCAUGCAACGACGAGUGACUGAGUUCCGUAAGCCGGAGGAAGAUCCAGUGCAGAGCCUGAUGGGGCUCACCGAUGACUUGAGCUACGGCGCUACUGGUCGAUCUGGGGAUGACAGAUUGUCCCAGUUCCAGCGUAGUAUGGCAGUACAGCUGCGGAACACUGCUGGAUUCCUUGCGAGUGAGUUCCAGAAGCAUGCCCGAUCUAUUGCCGCUUCUUCCUCGCGUCGCAGUGAUGCUUCAGGUGCCCUGAGUAGCCAGGGUGAUGGCGCGGCGGACAACGAUCUUCCGUCCACUGAACAGGUUAGUGUUGCAUCUGAGCGCGCGAUUGCGCCGCCUCCGCCAAACGUGGCUCCUCCUCCUCCGCCUACUGCGGCAGCACCUCCGAGGGCGUCCGAAGAGAGUGCAAAGGAGGAUGACGAUGAUACCAAAAUGGAUGAUGACACGGCCGGUCAGAAACCCGAGCAGAAACCCGAGGAGGACGCAGAUAUGGGUAGCGGGAAGGAGCUGCAAGACGAGGUCCCCGGCAAGGCCCCGCCGCCAGCUGCCCGAACCGCUGAGAGCCCUCCGGAACACGGCCUGCGUUCCAGUCCUCCGAAUGACAUGGUUGCUCAGGGAGCCGCGCUCUCCGGUGCUCGAGGGCCGGAUAUCGACAUUGACCCGGCCAGCACCACAGCCGAUCAAGCGGCAAAUGAUCCGAGAAAUUUCCGGAUCGAGGGCCCUGGUAUCAAGGCGACAACGAUUCAUCGCCCUGACCAGAUGCCCGAGAGGGGUGUCGACUCUAUUGCACCGAUUGUGCAGUAUGAAAUGACGUCCGUCCCGAUUCCGCUGACUGACUUCGUCGUCCCGGGACUCGACAUGGGCAUCGAUGAUUCCGUCCAUGGUCGGCUGGUCUCCGCGACCUGUCUCCCACCGACUGACGAACAGCGCAAAUAUUCGAGGCGCCGAUUCGCUAUGCUGUCCUCGAAUCAGACGGUGUACUUGAACGUCGCACUUCACAAGAAACCGGUGAAAGGAGAUCACGAUUCUUUCCUCCGACCGGAGUCUUACGAGGAUUGCCGCGAGAUCCAUGACGCUGUCCGAGCAUACAAUGCUAAGGAGGCAAAGUUCCGAUCCGUCGGCGGAACAUCCGUGUCAUGCAGCCGAUUGUUGAUCGAUGACGCACAAAACAUCCCUGCUGCCAGGAUUCCGGACGCAGGAAUGAUCAACUUGGUGCGGAAACUGCUGUUCCGAGUGCUGACGCAAACGAAGGAGUAUCCUUCCGCUACUGCCGAGAGAACGCAGAAUCGGCCCCAGGAUCAAGAAAGGGGCAUUCCCUUGUAUUCGCGCUUCGACCAGAGUGGCAUUAUCGCUUUCGAUGUCAUUCCGAUGUACAUGGAGCGUGAGAGGGAAUACAUGAAGGCCAACGCCGGAGAGAACGAUGGCCGAAUCCUUCUCCAGACAAAUAUUCUGGAUGAGCGAGGCGAACCGACCGAGAUCACUACCCGAUGCAUUAUGGAGAUCGCCCGGACGGACAACAACCGAAUGUUUGAGUUCUUCUACUCGACGAUCGACAACGAUGGAAGUCCUCAAUUUGUCGGCAUUCGAGCCACCUACGGUUUCGGCUCUGAUAACUUCAACCGAUUCCGACUGCUGACCAAGUGCCAGCACGGGCCAUUUAUCCAGCUCGCUCAGGAUCAUUACGUCGCUGGCGAGAGGAAAAGAAAUGUGGCCCGAUACCAUCCUCAGUAUGGAUGGGGAUGCGCAACGAUUCGCGAAUUCUUCGGGUACAUGAGCGAUUGCAAGCUCAAUCCUCCGAAAGGGCGGCUGUUCCUCGCUCUGCUCCCGUAUGCUCCCGGAUCUGGGAACAACAAUGAGUGGGAAGAGGUGUACAUGAACGUCCGAAUGAACCCGGGGCGUGAGACGCUUUCGAACACCGCGUCAUCACAAUCCAUGCUCCCUGAAGGGAUGGGAUCCAACCGCAUGAUCGUGUUUGCGAUUGAUUUGCACAUGAUUGCGGCGGGAAUCAAUCCGAUUGUAUUCCACCCGAGGGGAUAUUAUGCGAUCAAAGACAGUAUCCCUCUCGCCUGUAUGCCCAUUGCAUACUUCAUGGACACGGGAUCCCUUGUGUUCAACACGGCCUUCAAAUAUGUUGGAGGCCCAAAGUUCGGCACUGGCCCCAAGAGAGGAGACCACAAACGAGAAACGUGGCCGCUUGCUAGUUUCGACUGCCCCAUGUGCGGAGCAUCAUUCCCGGUGGGUCUCCACAUGUGUCACUCAUGCACCAAGCCGAUUCAUUAUCCUGAUGGGAUGUUCUACGCCGAUCCUGUAAACCCAUUUCAGGUCGAGUACUAUGGAAGUCAUGCCGAAUGGCUCAACGAGCUCAUUGAGCGAAACGAGCUUAAAGAAUUCCGACUUCACGAGUACCCUGCAAUCAAGCAGCUGAGGAAUUUCCCGGUAUCUAGGUCAAUCGCUGAGGACCACAGGCAAACCGCGUUCUUCGGGGUGCCACCGAUCAAAUGCACUGCAGCUGAUACAUCGCCGAAAGAAGUGGAAUUGUUCAAGAAGAGCGUGCGCGGAACGAUUCAAGGCGCCAUUCGAUUGGACAUCUCCAUUGAGAGGCUUGUUGCCGGUAUCACUGGCAAGGAAGCUCGGAGCGGUGUGGAAGACUUCCUCAACUCGCAGUCGAUCGCCUGUGCAACCACGAUAGUCAAGCACUUCGGCGCGGUCUUCGCCACAUGCCGCGAGAAGCCGCUGUGCUACUAUGCACGAUGGUCGAUCCACUGUCAGCGCGCAUACCGAGUCUGCCUGUCGCGCGGCUAUCUCUCCCCCUUUUACACAGGCAAAUUCGACUUUCCACCGAUCGAGUUUGGAACGUUGGAUGAGUUCCGUGCCACUAUCACGGACACGCAGAAGUAUCAGCGAUACAUGCGUGUCGAUAGUGAAAGCCUUUCCGCGCUCCUUGCCAAGGUUACCCUUACGACGUGCUACGGCAUUCCGAUGAAAGGUGAACCUGGCUACAUCUCUGACGAUGAAGCUGAGGAGAUCGAAGGAACUGCGGCGGCAACUGAAAAGCCCAAAGGGAAAGGAAAAGGGGAAGAAGAAGAACCCGAUGUCCAAGCCAUCAAUUGGCGUGAUUUGGACCCUUUGGGGCGGAAGUUCAUCCCGCACCAUACCGAUUCCCGAUUCACGAUUUUUGCUGAUGGGAAUACGGCACUCCUUGAUGCCCCCGAAACGCCUGAUGAGAAGCGUAAGGAAUUCAAGGAAUUCAUUCGCGAUCACUCUGUCAAGAUUAAGGAAUGUUUCGAUGAUGAUCGCGCGACUGAGAAGACGUUCUUCAAUCUUGUUGAAGGCGUAAAGGAUCAGCUCCCCGAUACUAAGAGAACUGACCCUGUUCUUAUGAAAAAGAACGAAGAUGUCUUCGAGGCUCUACCCGAUGAACUAGAAGAGCCUCAAGAUCUGUUCGACGUCGCAGCUCAGCGGGCACGACGACGUGCUGAUGCGCCUCAGCGCAGAGUGCAGGCCACUGAGCAACGGCACGCGUCGAUCCCCGAAGCUCAUGCCGUCCCCGUUCCUCCGGAUGACGAGGACGAGGAUGAUACUGAGCUCGAACGGGCGAUCCGACCCGGCCCGAAGUCACAACGCACUGGGCGAGAGCACCUCGGAGGUGUCGCUCCUGAGACGAACCCGCCUCCGCCUCGCGAGAUGCCGCCUCCGUCUAACCCACCGAGUCGGAAGACGUCGAGGCAAUCGGGCUACAAUGUUCCCCACGCUGAAGGGGAGACACUGAUGGUCUCAGGAAGGGCACCCUACUCCGAUCAAAAGGGUCUACCCUUGGUACUGCGAAUGAAGACCCGGGUUCCGGAGCCUGAUUUGGACAACCCGACGAUUGAAGAUAUUAUUCGCAUGUAUCACGCACCGAACACGCUGCCUGUUGUCAGGAAGAAAGUCGCCAAUGUCAUCAUUUCGAUGAAUGCAAAUCCCGAUGACCCUAUCAAUAUGAAGGCGGCUGGCGUAGUUCCUCCCUCUGCCGAGGAAACAGGCCGUUUCGCUCUCCUCUUUUUCGCCCUUUCGGAAGGUCUGUCAUCCCUGCUACACCUGUCUGCCCAUGUCCUAGACUCGGAGCAGAAACCAUCGAAUGACAACGGUUCAUCGCCAAGCAAGAGCAGCGAGGGCGAUCCGCCCCCUGCGGCAAAUCUUUCGAAGGAGUGGCUGUCUGAGCGGCUUGAGGAUGAGAGGCUUCUGAGUGGACUUUAUCUGAAUGCUUUGCAAGUCGACAAGGCAGACAAAAAUGUCGUCACGGAGCUCUUGCAGCAGGUUCUGUCGCUCGAGAAGGAGAGAUUCGCAGAGAAGGAGAAAGCCAUCGCAGAGAAGAAGAGGGCGGAGGCCGCAGAGGAGCUUUUGGAGCAGCGGGUGAAGGAGACAGCAAUCGCAGAGAAGGAGAAAGUAAUCGCAGAGAAGCGGGCGGAGGCCCUUGCAAGGAAACGGCUGGCGGAGGCACGCUCUGCUCGCAAUUCCGGCUGCUUCGGGUGGCUGUCCGACUGGACAUCUAAAUCAAUUCGAUCCUUCCUUGCGUGA